AUGACUUGCCUUUUUUUUUUUUUUUUUCUGGAAAAUGCGUUAGCCAGAGAGGCCAGCAUUUGGAAAGUGCCAGUUUUGCAGAAUCCCACUGUGAGGGCCCAAUUAAAAUAUCUGCAGUACAUUGCUAUUUCCUGCCUUGUCCUUGCAGCAAAAACCAAUGAAGAUGAGGUAAUACCAUCAGUGCAGACGCUAGCGGUGCAGAGCAGAUGUAAACACUCUCCAGCCGAGAUCUUGAGAAUGGAAAGAAUUAUACUGGAUAAGCUUCAGUGGGAUCUUUACACAGAAACACCAAUUGAUUUCUUAAACAUUUUCCAUGCCAUGGUGAUGUCCAGCUGGCCCCAUCUCCCACCCAGACUGCCUCAGAGGAAUCCUUCCCUCCACGUUGCACUCUUGACCAAGCAGCUGCAGCACUGUAUGGCCUGCCACCAACUUGUGCAGUUUAAGGGCUCCACGUUGGCUUUGGUGAUCAUCACCUUGGAGCUGGAGAGGCAGACUCCUGGUUGGUUUCCUGUUAUUACUGAUCUGCUAAAAAAAGCACAGGUAGACAGCACUGAAUUCAUGCACUGCAAAGAGCUGGUGGAUCUAGAGUUAAUGUGCUUGCAGGCACCCAAUGCUGUUAAUACUUUCUAUCCCAUCAGCCAAGCUGUGCAGGGCCAUCCCAAGGCAAGGCUACCUGCCAGCACCCUUCUGAACGGCAGAGUUCCCAACAAGGGAGGUUGAGGGUUGCUGUAAGCCAGCCUGUUUCAGCCCCUUUCC